GGGAGGAGAACACACGUACGCUCUCCACCUCUCUGCACCGCUGGCUAACCUCAUCCACGCUCUACUCUUACUCUCCACUCUCUUGCCAAGCCACCUGCUCCACUUGUCUCCUCCUCGCUCCACCUCCAGCCACUGCGAGAAACACUGAAGGAACACACGUGGGUCAAACAAACUCAGAAAUCACGUAAUUUUUCACUGUUUCGGGAAAAUAUUGAAGAGAAAAUGUCACCAAAAUACGAAAAUCUGGGUUAGAAAGUUUCCCUCACAAUCUCUGUCACUGAAGGUUAAAGUAAGACUCGUUAGUAAAGCUGAUCGGUUCGUAAGUUUGUUUUCAAGCGUCAAACUUUUCCUCGCGUCUCGCUGUCCUCGUGAGAGUGUCCGGAGGCGAGACAGCACUGCCCCACACACCUGUCCUGCACACCUGGCGUCACCUCACCACUUGACGUCUUGCCUGACACACGUGGAGGGUGGAAAAGACAGCGAAGACCAGAAUACACCUGCCGAGCUACCUGUCCUGCUGUUUACCUGGCCAAAACACACCUGUUCAGUAACUUAUCUACCUGUUUACCUGUUCAUCUGACCUACACACCUGCUUACCUGGCCAGAACACACCUGUCUCACUCCCUGGCCACAAACUCCACGUCCUCGCUCCCUGAAGCCUUGCAGCGACGGAAGGUCCAACAUAGAGCCACAAAAGAUGUCGGGAGUGACGCUGGAGGAUUUGUGGUGCCAGUGUGACGGUAACGCCAGCGCCACACCGCACCGGGUCCUCAUGCACCGCCAAAUGACGAAGCUACACGCGGCGGCACAGCGGCACGCCAUCUGGUACGUGGCGGUGGUCCUCGCUCUCUAUGUCUUCGGCCUCGUCAUCAUCAUAAGACGGUCUGGGCGUACGGAGAGACACACAGCGGCAUCAGCACUCUCCUUCUGCUUCUCCCGCGCUGCCUCCACCGUCGCCAGCAGGAGGAAGAAGCGAAGAAACAGAGGCGACCGUCCCCGUGCCAGCCCACCGUCAGAUCCCCGCCAGCAGGUGAUCCCGUCCCUGCAGGUGCAUCUCGUGGUCCCGGAUGACGAUGACGAGAUGGAGAUUUCGAUGGUGACGACAGUGGCCUAGUGGCGCGCAACCCCGGGGACCCCACGCAGGGCCUCCUCGGGGUGCAGUCGGGGCAGUGAAGGAGGCGCCGACCCUCUCCUCCUCUCCCCUAGAUUUGUGUCGUCCAAAGUCAGACCGGUGGUACAUGAUGAGGAUGACUUGUAAGCACACACAUGCGCACACACACACACACACACACACACACACACACACACACACACACACACACACACACACACGUUGGAUUUAUCUAAUACUACUCAUAAACUCAUCCUUUCUUUCAAUCUUUUCCUCUUCCUCUUCCUUCCUCCUUCUCCUCCUCCUUAUCGUCUUCUCCUCCUCCUCCUCGUUUUCUUCUCGUGUUCUUCCAAUGCCUUCACCAUCAUC